CUCGCCGUAGCUUCUGAUGCUUGCAAAGCAAACACUCGAUGAGUUCUCUCGUCUGCCCAACCAAUCGUCGACACGACCCCGCAAAGACGGUACGGAACGAGGCUGGGAGCGGGAGGGAGGACCCGGACAGCAAAACAUGGCAAAAUAACCAAUUUGGCUGUCGUCACGCACCCCAGCGUUGGAAUUAUUACAAGUGGUCUAAUCUGGACGGCGCAAAGAGAACGAUACGCGUAACUUUAAAGAGUCGAUCGGGCCCUGCAGUUGACAAAACUGGGGGCUGGUCCAGGACAUAACACCCUCCCGCCUGCCUCCCUGCCCGGCUGCCCGUGUUCUCCCCGGAAGGUUGGCGCGGCUGUUGACAUAGAAAAUGGAGGAAGAAGCAAAGUUUAUUCGAGAGGCUAUUUAGCUGCUGCCUUAGCCGCCAUAGCUAAUUUGAUUGAGCGCACCUGUGUCCUCGGACUGCCAUGGUAUUGGAAAUAUUGAACAAGUUUGAAAACAACCGACGCAUAGAACGGUUCUUGUAACAGUACAAUCGGGGGAUAUUUACUUCAGGAUAAUGAUAGGCGGCUUCUGUGGCGGUGCGGACUGACCCAGAAGCCAUCACAUCAGACGUUACGUGCUCCUGAAAAAAAAAAAGCAAUGCGUUUCUUGGCUUAAAAUGUGUUCUUUUUUUCUUACACCGUCAUCGACCAAUGGAACUGGUGCGCUUUUAGUCUAGUUUUUCCUGGAAUGCAACAAUUGUCUUUGAAAACGUCAGUUGGAAUGUUAUUCGGCAUCAUAGUCGCCGCGUCUUGUCAAAAUGAAGGCAGCAAGGUGUUCAACAGUGGGUGUGCACUGCUUUAAAAAUCUAAUGGCGGUUACGGCCGAUCAACACUAAAAGUUUGUUGAAAUCUUCUAUUUGGAGGUGAAUGUAUUUUAGUUCCAGAUUUUUUGUACAAGUCAACAUUAGCUAUCCAGCUGGACGCUUGUAACUGCGAUGUCUGUGAAGUGCAGCCGCCUUUCUCCUAACCAUUUCAGCUAACUGGACUGCCUACUUAUAGCCAUUUAUGCUACAUAAGUCCACUUGAGCUCACCAAAGGUGCCAUCGACACCCACGCCCCGAAGUGCUUCUUCAGGAAAACCUGGCUAACUUGUUAAGCUAACGCUCCAAGUUUUGGUCAGCCAUGUCUGAAAACGCCCCCACGCGAAGCCUGGACGACAUUGACCUGGCCGCUCUAAGGGAUCCAGCAGGAAUCUUUGAGCUGGUUGAGGUUGUCGGCAAUGGGACAUAUGGACAAGUGUACAAGGGUCGCCAUGUGAAAACAGGCCAACUGGCAGCCAUCAAGGUGAUGGAUGUCACAGAGGAGGAAGAGGAGGAGAUCAAAGCUGAAAUCAACAUGCUGAAAAAAUACAGCCACCACCGCAACAUAGCCACGUAUUAUGGUGCCUUCGUCAAGAAGAGCCCACCAGGACACGAUGACCAGCUUUGGUUGGUGAUGGAGUUCUGUGGGGCAGGCUCAGUAACUGACUUGGUUAAAAACACUAAAGGCAGUUCACUAAAGGAGGACUGGAUUGCAUACAUCUGCAGAGAGAUUCUAAGGGGCCUUUCCCAUCUACAUGCACAUAAAGUCAUCCACAGAGACAUUAAGGGCCAGAAUGUUCUGCUCACAGAGAAUGCAGAGGUGAAAUUAGUUGAUUUUGGAGUUAGUGCUCAGCUUGACAGGACGGUGGGGCGUAGAAACACUUUCAUUGGCACGCCUUACUGGAUGGCGCCAGAAGUCAUUGCCUGUGAUGAAAACCCUGACUCGACCUACGACUACAGGAGUGAUAUUUGGUCCUUGGGAAUUACCGCAAUCGAAAUGGCCGAAGGAGCACCUCCACUGUGUGACAUGCAUCCAAUGAGAGCCCUCUUCCUGAUUCCCAGGAAUCCCCCUCCUAAACUCAAAUCAAAAAAGUGGUCCAAGAAAUUUAUUGACUUUAUUGAGGCCUGCCUUGUGAAGACGUACACCAGCCGACCAUCCACAGAGCAACUGCUCAAACACUCAUUCAUCAGGGACCAGCCUACCGAGCGUCAGGUCAGGAUUCAGCUCAAAGACCACAUUGAUCGGACACGCAAAAAAAGGGGAGAGAAAGAAGAGACCGAGUAUGAAUAUAGUGGUAGUGAUGAAGAGGAUGAAAAUCGUAGUGAUGACAGAGAGUCAAGUUCAAUCCUUAAUGUGCCUGGGGAGUCCACCCUGCGCCGGGACUUCCAGCGUCUCCAGCAAGAGAACAAGGAACGAUCGGAGGCCCACAAGAGGCAACAGGCACAACUGGCCGCUCAACGCAGGGACCCUGAGGAACACAAGAGGCAACUUUUGCAUGACAGGCAGAAACGCAUUGAGGAGCAAAAAGAGCAGCGUCGACGACUGGAAGAGCAACAGAGAAAGGAGAGAGAGAUGGUGAGGCAGCAGCAAGAAAAAGGUCCCCAUCGUAGACUCGACGAUAUGAGACGGGAGGAAGAUAGGAGGUUGGCUGAAAGAGAGCAGGAGUUUAUCAGGCAUAAGUUAGAGGAGGAACAGCGGCAGCUAGAAAUCCUUCAGCAGCAGCUGCUUCAGGAGCAGGCACUGCUUAUGGAGUAUAAGCGCAAGCAGCUGGAAGAGCAGCGUCAGUCAGAGCGGCUGCAGAGACAGUUGCAACAGGAGCAUGCUUACCUAGUAUCUCUGCAGCAACAGCAGCAGGAAAAGAAGCCCCAGCUUUACCACUAUAACAAAAACUUGGAGGCCAACAACAAACCCACAUGGGCCCGAGAGGUAGAGGAGCGAAGUAAGCUCAACCGACAAGGCUCUCCCAAAAUCUGUACCACUGUCUCUGACACUGCCAUCCAGUCACGCUCAGACUCAAUCAGCCAGUCUGGAGUUGCCCAGUCUGCUCAGACGCCCCCAAUGCAGAGACCUGUUGAACCACAAGGGGGGCAGGGCAAGUUCCAGAUGGCUCAUUUGGUUCCACUAAAACCCUAUGCUGCCCCUGUCCCACGCUCCCAGUCUCUCUGUGACCAGCCCACUAAGACCAUGUCCGCAUUCCCCACCCAGGAUCCCUCCCUCGCCCCUACACCACGACCCAUCCACUCCCGAGAGCUAGUACGUCAGAACUCAGACCCCACAUCUGAGACCCCUGCACCACAAAUACACCAAAUCAGAGAAGAGCGUGGGCCCUGGAUCCGCUUGCCAGAUGUGGAACUUCCACCCAAGAUUCCCCAGAGAACAGCAUCAAUUGCCACAGCUCUCAACACCACCCUGACCUCUGGAAUUAGGCAUCCAGUUAGAGCCAGUAAUCCAGAUCUCAGCCGAAACGAUCGCUGGGAGAGAGGAGACAGUAUGGCCAUCAUAUCUAAUCUGCCACAGACAGGCUCGUUAGAAAGGCAUCGCAUCCUCAGCUCCUCCAAAAUGGAUUCUCCUAUUCUGUCUCGUGAUAGUCGUCAUAAGCCAGGGGAGUCUCGGACUUCUUCCCGGCCAGGGCGUCCAGCUAGUUACAAGAGAGCAAUAGGAGAGGACCAUGGCCUCUUUGCCAAAGACCGUGCUGAGGAGCAGCCAAGACCCCCAGUCAAGGCUAAUGACUACUCCUCCUCCUCGGAAAGCAGUGAGAGCAGUGAGGAGAGCGAAAGUGGGGAGGGAGUCGAAGAGGAGGAGAGCCCAACUGAUUGCCACAGAGAUGCGGACACCGAUUCUGUCAACACCAUGGUGGUUCAUGAAGACGAGGGAGAAGUAGAGCAGGCUGGGGGUUAUGGAGAUCAUACAAUGUUGGUGCAGAGGGUCGCGGGGGGUGCUGGAGCCUAUCUUAGCUGGAUUCGGACCCCAGAGAAGCGGGGUCACAAUGGAUACACUAACUUGCCAGAUGUGGUGCAGCCCUCUCACUCCCCCACUGAUUCCACCACACACUCUUCCCCUGGGAAGGACUCUGUGUAUGAUUAUCAGUCCAGAUGCUUGGUCAAGGCACCUGGCAAGUCCUCCUUCACUACAUUUGUGGAUCUUGGAAUGUACCAGACACCGGGAGGUACCGUGGAUAACAUCUCUGUUAGCAGCUCACGAUUUGAGCAGCUAAAGAUGGAGGUGAGGAAAGGUUCCAUGGUGAAUGUAAAUCCCACCAACACACGCCCUCCCAAUGACACACCUGAGAUACGCAAGUACAAGAAGAGGUUCAACUCUGAGAUCCUGUGUGCUGCGCUUUGGGGUGUUAACCUGUUGGUGGGUACAGAGAAUGGUCUGAAGUUGCUUGACCGCAGUGGACAGGGCAAAGUCUAUCCACUCAUUAACUCUCGCAGGUUCCAACAGAUGGAUGUUCUGGAGGGGCUUAACCUGCUUAUCACCAUUUCAGGCAAGAAAAACAAGGUCCGUGUCUACUACCUGGCCUGGCUGAGGAACAAGAUCCUCCACAAUGACCCUGAAGUAGAGAAGAAGCAAGGCUGGACCACAGUGGGGGAGAUGGAAGGCUGCGUGCACUACAAAGUCGUAAAAUACGAGAGGAUAAAGUUCCUGGUGAUUGCUUUGAAGAAUGCAGUGGAAGUGUAUGCUUGGGCACCCAAACCUUAUCACAAAUUCAUGGCCUUCAAGUCUUUUGCAGACCUGCCACACAGGCCUGUCCUUGUUGACCUGACUGUCGAGGAGGGUCAGAGGUUAAAGGUCAUCUACGGUUCUUGUGCCGGCUUCCACGCCAUCGAUGUGGACUCUGGGAACAACUAUGACAUUUACAUCCCAGUUCAUAUCCAGAGCCACAUAACACCGCACGCUAUUGUGUUCCUGCCAAGUUCAGAUGGCAUGGAGAUGCUGUUGUGCUACGAGGAUGAGGGUGUCUAUGUCAACACGUACGGGCGCAUCAUUAAGGACGUGGUCCUGCAGUGGGGUGAAAUGCCGACAUCUGUUGCUCACAUUUGCUCCAAUCAGAUCAUGGGCUGGGGAGAAAAAGCCAUUGAAAUCCGUUCUGUGGAAACUGGCCACCUGGACGGCGUCUUCAUGCACAAGAGAGCUCAGAGACUCAAGUUCCUUUGCGAGAGGAACGACAAGGUGUUCUUCGCCUCCGUACGGUCAGGAGGCAGCAGCCAGGUGUACUUCAUGACCUUAAACAGAAACUGCAUCAUGAACUGGUGAAGGAACAGCUGCUCUGCUCUUUGUGAACGCAGCAGGGUUUGGAGAUGGAAGUCAAUCAAACAUUCUCUCAUGCUCGUUCUCGCUCAUUUGCAUACGCACUGAUAAAAUGCGCAUGUUUUCUGAUAAAGACUCCAGGCUACACUGGAGCCCACAAUAACAUUUCUCUCUGUACCCCCAUAGAAAAAUCGCUGAUUUCCAGUUUAUAGCAUUUAAUUGCUUUCUACUGCAUAUAUUCUUCUUGUCUUGACUUCCUUUACUUGGUGUGCUCGACGUAACAAAUGGGUUUCUAAUUGUGAAGUGCAUUCCUACAUGGUUCUCCCAGUUACAGAAGGAAUUAUUUACCAAUACUGUAUGUUAAAGCUGUAAAUAGCACCAGUCACUUAUAUAGCCUUCAUUUGCCGUGCUGUCACAGAAAUUGUCGGCACACCCAUCUGCUGUGUCUUGCGCCUCCUAGUUGUUAGGGGAUCACUAGAAUUUUCAUGGGGGCUUAGUACUUACUGAAAAAAGGGAAGAGAUCGGCAAGCUUGUCGAAAAGUAAAAGCGUAUGUGGGAGUCCUGCUUUUGCUCAUCUGGAAAAUAUCCAUAACCGAGCAGUACUCUGUUACAGUACUGCGAAACGUCUUGCUUUGUCUUUUCUCUUCCGUUGAGCCGAACCAAUUAGCUGCCUGGUCACAGUAGUACCUAACAUUUACAUUCUUAGCAGAUUUGAUAUUUAUGUGUAGUAAUUAUGUAUGGGUAGUAGUCUACUGGUAUUCUUGAUUUCGCUCUACUGCAGACCUGGGCAAAAUGCGGCACUUUAAGCCUAUCUAUCCCGCCCGCCGAACAUUUCCAAGUAAUUUUUUUCAACUUUUGACUUUCAAACUAUGAAUGUGCGAUGCCAUUUUCAAACUACUGUGAGUCUUGAAUUAUAGAAAAUAUUCCUAGGGUUGGAAUCUGCGCUUUUGAUUGAUGUACGGGUUACUACGGUAAUGACGAAGGGACUAGGUCUCAGCAGUUCCGAGCAGAUGAGGCAUGACUCAAAGUGGGCGUGGUUUGCCAGCCUGAGGCACUGUUGUCAGGAAGCAGAUUUUUACAACAAAGUUUGGCAUCAAAUUUAUAUUUCAUUACAUUGGGAAUGUAUUUUUACCCUUUGUGUUCAUAUUUCGCCCUGUUUGUGGCGUUUAGAUUAAUUGUAAAAGAUGUCAAUCAAGGAAGUGGUCUGAGAAGUAAAAGAUGAGCUACGUUCAUGUUUUUAAGUUUCA